GUUCAUAGGGUUUACAUUGAAUUCACGUGCAAUGCAUUGACUGUCACUCUGAGCGCCAAAAGCACACAAAACACCAAACAUUUGCCAUUUAAUCGUCUUUUUGUGUCACUAAUUGUCACCUAAUUAUGGGAACCGCUGAUGCCAUGGAUUGCACUGCCGCUGAUAAUCCUAACAUUCACUGGGUGGAGAAGUAUCGACCGAAACAAUUGGAUCAAUUGAUUUCACACCACAAUAUCAUCAGCACAUUGAGCAAAUUCAUGGCAGAGAAGCGGUUACCACAUCUGCUUCUGUACGGCCCGCCCGGCACUGGAAAGACGUCGACAAUCCUGUCGUGCGCUCGACAGCUCUAUUCACCACAACAGAUGUCAUCAAUGGUUCUCGAGUUGAACGCAUCGGACGAGAGGGGCAUAGAUGUGGUGAGGGGUCCGAUACUGAACUUCGCCUCCACUAAAGCCGUAUUCAAGUCUGGCUUCAAACUAAUCAUUUUGGAUGAAUGCGAUGCCAUGACGAACGACGCC